CUUUUAUUCAAACCUUUCUGAGCGACUUUUAUAAAACAGGCUUCGGAUGUGCUGGAUGCAUCGAAAAGCUUUCCUGAUCUGACUCCAGAUAUCGCAUCUACAGUGAUGACUGGCACGGCUGUAGGUCCGAUCUUCAUGAUCUUUGAUUUUUCCAGGCUGAUACGCAGGCCGAUCUUACUGGCUUCGUGGUUGAUGUGAGAUGAGACUUAAACUGUGCUAAUGCUUGUUCACAAAUGGCAGUAUAAUUCUCAUGCUGUCCAAAUGAAUGUUGUGCUGGAAAAUAAAACUUUGGUCGUGCUCUGUUUCGCAAGGAGUUUGAUAACUGCCAGGUUGAAUGUUUGAAAGCAAAGAGACCUGAUUGAGGAGAGUGAAGAGCUGAAGGAUUUGGAAAAGAAAAAGCAGAAUGAGAAAGAUCAUGAUUUAAAAAUUGGAGAAAAGAUGGAAUCUAACAGUUUUUUCAUCUGCCGUCUUUGUGGAAAGAGUUUCAGUCGAAAACAAAACCUUACGCUCCACAUGAAAGUUCACACUGGAGAGAGACAUUUUAUCUGUAAACAGUGUGGAAAGAGUUUCACUCAAAGUGGAAACCUUAAAAUUCACAUUAGAAUUCACACCGGAGAAAAGCCUUAUACUUGCACUCAGUGUGGACAGAGAUUUGCACAUAAAGGCAACUUUAAUUCCCACAUGAGAACUCACAGUAAAGAGAGCUCCUUCACCUGCCAACAAUGUGGGAAGAAUUUCCCUCAAAAACAAAACCUGGCAGUCCACAUGAGGAUUCACACCGGAGAGAAGCCUUACACUUGCACUCAGUGUGGAAAGAGUUUUGCUCAUAAACACACUCAUAAUAACCACAUGAGAACUCACACAGGAGAGAAGCUGUUCACAUGUGAUCAAUGUGGAAAGAGCUUCACCACAGAACUAAGCCGUAGAUACCACAUGACCAUCCACACCGGAGAAAAACAUUUCAUAUGUGGUCAAUGUGGAAGGAGUUUCAUACAUAAAGUAAGCCUUGAUCGCCACAUAAGGAGUCACUCAGGAGAGAACUGUUUUAUAUGUCAUCUAUGUGGAAAAAGUUUUUGUCAUAAAUGUAGCCUCAAAACUCACAUGAGAGUUCACACUGAAGAGAAUUCCUUCACCUGCAAACCUGAGUGAACGUUCACUACUGCUGAGUGUGGGACAAAUAAGACACCUUCAUGACCA